AUGAGUUUUGACAGAAUUGAGAAGGUCAUACAACAAUUGGAGAGUCAAUCUAAGAGUGUGAGUGCUGAAGAAGCAAAGCAGGAUCUGUUCCACCUAGGGUCAAGGGUCAAAUCUAAAAUUGGAUUAAGAAUUUGGAUAGAUAUCCCGAACAACUUUCCUUGGAGAAACUGUCUAACUAAUUACAAUAAUGUGGUUGCAAGCACACAAUGUAUACUGAAGAGUCAUACUGGUUCGACAUGGAGAAUACCUGAUUGGAAUUCAUCUUUUCAACUCUUCAAUACAGAAGCCAAACAAUGUCUAGAACCGGCGCCAAGUGAUUCUACCACGAACAUAAUUCAAGCAAUCAUUAAAGAUUGCAGUGAAGGAAGAUGGAAAUACAAUAGUUUGGGUCAACUCAGCUGGAGCAACGGAGGUUGUUUGACCGCUAUGGGAGCUGCUCAAGGGAACAGAGUUGAACUGCACCCUUGUAAAGAUUCCUUGCAACAACAAAGAUUCGAGUUUGGAAUUUUGGAUUUUGAUCCUGCCAAAAAUAAGACAUUAGUUAUUCCCUUGGACUUAAAACAGUGGGAAAGCAGGCAGAAUGCCUACAGGGCCAAAGAACUUGCUGAGGCCAAGACGGAUGUUUUAAAUGUUGUAAACGCUCUAAAUAAUAUAAAAGACGAGAGCAAAGAGAAACGUCGAGCUGUCGUCUUCUAUUUAGACAAAGGAACAGGAUUUUUAGCAUUUCUUAAGUGGUGGAUUCUUGCCUGGAAGUUAUUAGGUAAUUUAAGGUAUUGUUGGGACUUCAAGAAACCCCCAAGUAAACAUAAGGAAAGCCCCAAGUAA